GGAGCAGCUCACCACUGAACCCAUUACUUUUCCAAGAUCAGAAAAAUAUUACAGUGACAGGCACUGCUCCUCAUUCAGAUAAGAAUUCAAGCUUUGACAUUGUAAACCACAGACGAAUUGGAGCCUGGCAUUGAAAAGAAGUGUUCUGCAAUGAUUGUUUUUUUCCUUGUCUAAAGAAGUUGACUUCUACAAGAGGAAAUCUGAAAAAUGACAGGGGCAAAGAGGAAAAAGAAAAGCAUGCUUUGGAGCAAGAUGCACACGGUGCAUUGUGAAGACAUCAAACAGUGGUGCAGGAGGCGGCUACCUAUUCUGGAAUGGGCACCCUGCUACAAUCUGAAAGAAAACCUGCUUCCAGACACUGUGUCUGGGAUCAUGUUGGCAGUUCAACAGGUGACACAAGGACUGGCUUUUGCUAUUCUUUCAUCUGUGCACCCUGUUUUUGGAUUGUAUGGGUCUCUGUUUCCGGCUAUCAUUUAUGCCAUAUUUGGAAUGGGACGUCAUGUUGCCACAGGCACCUUUGCCUUGACAUCUUUAAUAUCAGCCAAUGCUGUGGAACGGCUGGUCCCUCAAAGCAGUCAGAAUCUCACCACACAGAAUAACUCCAGUCUGCUGGGCUUGUCUGACUUCGAGGUACAAAGGAUCGGCGUGGCAGCGGCAGUCUCCUUCUUGGGAGGGGUGAUUCAGGUGGCCAUGUUUGUGCUACACUUGGGUAGCGCCACAUUCCUGCUUACAGAGCCUGUGAUCAGUGCGAUGACAACCGGGGCUGCCACCCAUGUGGUGACUUCGCAAGUCAAAUAUCUCUUGGGAAUAAAAAUACCUUAUAUAUCGGGACCUCUUGGAUUUUUUUACAUCUAUGCCUAUGUCUUUGAGAACAUCAAGUCUGUCCAGCUGGAAGCUCUGCUCUUAUCCUCGCUGAGCAUCGUUGUGCUUGUUCUUGUUAAGGAGCUGAAUGAACAGUUUCAAAGAAAAAUUAAAGUUGUUCUUCCUGUCGAUUUAGUUUUGAUUAUUGCAGCAUCGUUUGCUUGUUAUUGUACCAAUAUGGAAAGCGUAUAUGGAUUAGAAGUAGUUGGUCAUAUUCCAAAAGGAAUCCCUCCACCAAGAGUCCCCCCGAUGAACGUCCUCUCUGCAGUGGUCACUGAAGCUUUUGGAGUUGCUCUUGUCGGCUACGUGGCCUCACUGGCUCUUGCACAAGGGUCGGCCAAAAAAUUCAAAUAUUCAGUGGAUGACAACCAGGAGCUUUUGGCCCAUGGCCUCAGCAACGUGAUUCCUUCAUUUUUCUUCUGUAUCCCAAGUGCGGCUGCCAUGGGAAGGACCGCUGGACUGUACAGCACGGGAGCAAAGACACAGGUGGCUUGUCUAAUAUCUUGCAUUUUCAUCCUUAUAGUCAUCUACGUAAUAGGACCUUUGCUGUACUGGCUGCCCAUGUGUGUUCUUGCAAGCAUUAUUGUUGUGGGACUCAAAGGCAUGCUAAUACAGUUCCGAGACUUAAAAAAAUAUUGGAAUGUGGAUAAAAUCGAUUGGGGUAUAUGGGUCAGUACAUAUAUAUUUACAAUAUGCUUCGCUGCCAAUGUGGGACUGCUGUUUGGUGUUGUCUGUACCAUAGCUAUAGUGAUAGGACGCUUCCCAAGAGCAAAGACUUUAAGUAUUAGAAACAUGAAAGAAAUGGAAUUUAAAGUGAAGACAGAAACAGAUGAUGAGACCAUGCAUCAGGUGAGAAUCAUCUCAAUAAACAACCCGCUUGUUUUCCUGAAUGUGAAGAAAUUCCAUACUGAUUUAAAGAACAUAAUCCAAAGGGAAAAUGCUGCCAGCCACCCACUUGAUGAUAUCAGCAAGUGUCAAAAGAAUAGUACUUUAAAAAGUGCAUUAUUCAGACUCUCUAGAGGCCUCUGUUCUAAAGAUGCUUCACAGGCCUGUCUUACAGAGAAGUGGUCUUUAAUCCUGGAUUGCAGUGGGCUGACCUUUUAUGACUAUUCUGGAGUCUCCAUGCUCGUUGAGGUCUACAUGGACUGUAAGGGUACAAAUAUGGAUGUAUCAUUAGCCAAUUGCACAGAUUCUCUGAUAAAAGCAAUGAAGUAUUAUGGAAAUCUAGACUCAGAGACCCCAAUUUUUUUUGAAUCAGUAUCUGCUGCAAUAAGUAAUAUCUACUCAAAUAAGAGUUUGAACAAACUCAGUGACCACACUGAAGUCUGAGAUCCUUGCAUGAAAGUACAGACCUUGCUUGCAGCAACUACCCCGAAGAGGCCAUAUACUGGCAUUUUGCACCACUUUCUGUUGUUUAGGUCCUAAACGUGACUUCCACUAUAAAUAUGAUGUGAUUUAGUAUUGCAUAGCCACUGGCCAAGAUUUGUCAACAAUUUUUAAUGUCUUUGCUAGUAAGCAAAUUUACUUAGUUAUUUUAUAUAAGAAUUAGUGUGCAUUUAGUUUUAAUGUACUGAAGGAUAAACAUGAUUUUUUUUACAGUAUCUUACAUUGUUUUAUUCCUACAUUUUAUUCCUAAGUUAAUUUUUAAGACAUAGAAACACUUUUGUCUUAGAGAUUUUGGAUGUUUACAAGCCAUUUGUAAAACUCCAGGAUUAUCUGCAACCUAAAAACAAUACAUAAAAACAACCUAGCAAAUGUGCCUAAUCUCCAGCUCCUGUCUUCUCAAAGGCCAUCUAAACAUCAGUCUGACGAACUACUACGUUGUACAAACCAAAUAGAAAUACACGACACCCUGGAAGUCCCUGCUUCCUCUACCUUUCAUCACAUUCAUUCCUGAAGUUUUCAUGCCUUAACCAAGAACGUUUUCAUGAUCAGGAAAUCAGUAUCCUAAAAGCUAAGCUCUUGGCACUGCUCUGUUUUUCUAAGAAUAUUGGAAGUCCUUGGGCUCUUCACACAGGAUAACUCUCUAAUUUUUACAUUUCCACUCCAUGAAAAUCCUCUGCUUAAGUUUGUUGGAGCUCAAGGAUUUGGAAAUCGCAUAUUUUAUCUUUUUCACAAGUAGAAUUUUUAGAUAAGAAAGUAUCACUGUGAGGCUAACCUUAUGCUAUCUCAGGAUAGGAGUAACAUUAGUAGGUUUGAACUUCCUUAUUUCAAAGAUACUGUUAAUAAAAUAUAUUUAUCUAUCUUUA